UAAAAAGCGUAUGCUCUUUUUCAUCAACAAAACCCAGGCCCACUCUUUCACUGCUAUAAAAACCCAUACUCCUUCCUUACAAGGAAACUAACUGCAUGCUCCCUCUGUUUCUCUUUCAAACAAACAUAGCAUGGCUUCUCUUGCAUUCUCCUUCUUCUUUUUCUUCCUCUCACUCAUCGCUUCAUCAUCAGAAGCAGGAUCAGUCGGAAUCAACUACGGAAGAGUAGCAAACAACCUACCAACACCGACAAAAGUAGUUGAGCUGUUGAAAUCACAAGGCAUCAACCGCGUGAAGCUCUAUGACACCGACGCAACCGUCUUAACCGCGCUUGCAAAUUCCGGCAUCAAUGUCACCGUCGCCAUGCCAAACGAGCUUCUCUCCGCUGCCGCCGCUGAUCAAUCAUUCACCGACACGUGGCUCCAAGCUAACAUCAUAAAAUACUACCCCUCAACUCAAAUCGAAGCCAUUGCCGUCGGUAACGAAGUCUUCGUAGACCCACAAAACACGACAAACUACCUCGUACCCGCUAUGAAAAACGUUCACGCUUCACUCGUGAAACAAAACCUCGACAACGCAAUCAAAAUCUCUUCCCCAAUUGCACUCUCCGCUUUACAAUCUUCUUACCCGACUUCCUCCGGUUCGUUUAAACCCGAACUAAUCGAACCGGUUAUUAAACCAAUGUUAGAGUUUCUUCGUCAAACCGGUUCUUACUUAAUGGUUAACGCGUACCCUUUCUUCGCUUACGCCGCUAACUCAGACACGAUUUCAUUAGAUUACGCACUGUUUAAGGAAAACCCUGGGGUAAUUGAUUCGGGAAAUGGUUUAAAGUAUAACAACCUUUUCGACGCACAAAUUGACGCCGUUAAUGCUGCCAUGUCAGCACUUCAAUACGACGACGUUAAAGUAACUGUUUCGGAAACAGGCUGGCCUUCAUUAGGUGAUAAUAAUGAAAUUGGAGCUGGCGGAGACAAUGCGGCGUCGUAUAAUGGAAAUUUAGUUCGCCACGUGUUGAAUGGGAGUGGGACCCCCUUGAGACCAAGGGACCCACUCAACGUUUUUUUGUUUGCACUUUUUAAUGAGAAUCAGAAAACGGGUCCCACAUCGGAGAGAAACUACGGGCUUUUUUAUCCAAGUGAAGAGAAAGUUUAUGAUAUUCCAUUGACGGUGGCUCAGGUUAAUAAAUCGUCGUUGUCACCGCCGUCUGGGACAGGAAGGAGUCAGGUUCCGGUGACUGGUGACGUGUCUCCAUCGAAUGCUGGAGUGACGUGGUGUGUGGCUAGUGGUGAUACUUCUGAGGAGAAGGUGCAACACGCGCUUGAUUAUGCGUGUGGAGAAGGUGGGGCUGAUUGUGCUCCGAUUCAACCGGGUGCCAUGUGUUAUAAUCCUAACACGUUGGAGGCGCAUGCUUCGUAUGCUUUCAACAGUUAUUAUCAGAAGAAGUCACGUGGUGUUGGCACGUGCGAUUUCGGUGGUGCCGCUUAUGUUGUCACUCAGGCCCCUAGGUAUGGAAAGUGCGAAUUCCCUACGGGAUACUGAAAGGACAAAGGACGGAAGAGGAGUGGGUAGAUUAGGUGAAUCAAGUAUAUAUUUUGAAAUACCUUGAUUUAUUUGAAAUUAUAGAUUAUAGUUUUUGGAUUAUUUGAUUGGGAUUUUGGUGGUGUUUUAGCUUUUAUUUAAUCUUGUUUUACUUUGGUGGAACACGUCUAACGUGAAUUGGAUUAUUUUUCUUAUAGUU